UUUUUCUCCUCACCACCUGCAGUGGGCAGGCCCAUUCCUGACAGCUGUUCUGUGAUAGGCUGCUCCAGGAGGAGUCUGCCAUGACACCGUGGAUGCUGCACAGAAGCAGAUCUACGGCAUCAGCAGCUAGAGGUCCUCUAUCCUCCUUUGCCAUCCCUCUCUCUUUCUUCUCCUCCUUUUUUGCCUCUUCUCCUCCUCCUGCCGCCACCCUUGUUCUGUCUUUUUCCGUUCCCUCUCCCCUCCGUCGGCGGAUGAGCGCGGGCCUUUCUGAGCACACUGCAGCAGAGGAUCGUGUACACGCACCAGCAGCAGGAACAGCAGCAGCAGCAGUAGCAGCAGGCGAGCUGGAUGCCGUGCUUUAGGCCGCUCUGGUAGGCCCUAGCAGCAUGGGCGGAGUCUGGGUGGGAAGAGAGAUCACGGAUUGGACCCUUCCUCUCAGGACGGGCGUGCUGGCGGGUCACCUUUCCUCAGCUUCAGAUGGGCGAGGUCGCAGAGAGCCCCAAAAUCAACCACACUUUUCUACGAGACUAUGUCACUGAAGCUGAUGUCAUCUCUACGGUGGAAUUCAACCAGACGGGGGACCUGCUGGCCACGGGAGAUAAAGGUGGCCGAGUGGUCAUCUUUCAAAGAGAGUCUGAGUCUAAAGGGGAAUUAGAAGAGACGGGGGAGAACGUGGACUCAGGGGAGUACAAUGUCUACAGCACCUUUCAGAGUCACGAGCCGGACUUUGAUUACCUAAAGAGUCUGGAAAUAGAGGAGAAAAUCAACAAGAUCAGAUGGCUGCCGCAGCAGAACGCCGCACAUUUCCUUCUCUCCACCAAUGAUAAGACCAUUAAACUGUGGAAGGUGAGUGAAAGAGACAAGAGACCAGAGGGAUACAACCUGAAAGAUGAGGAGGGACGGCUCAAGGACAUAUCCACCAUCACCUCUUUGCAGGUCCCGGUGCUAAAGCCAACAGACCUUAUGGUAGAGGUCCGUCCCAGGCGGGUCUUCGCUAAUGGACAUACUUACCACGUCAACUCCAUCUCCGUCAACAGCGAUGGGGAGACCUAUUUGUCCGCGGAUGACCUCCGCAUCAACAUGUGGCACCUGGGCAUCACAGAUCGUAGCUUCAAUAUCGUAGACAUCAAGCCCACCAACAUGGAGGAUCUGACAGAAGUGAUAACAGCAGCAGAGUUUCACCCGCACCACUGCCACUUGUUUGUGUACAGCAGCAGCAAGGGAACCCUGCGCCUCUGUGACAUGAGGGCCUCGGCGCUUUGUGACAAACACACCAAACUUUUUGAAGAACCUGAGGAUCCAGGGAACCGCUCCUUCUUUUCAGAAAUCAUUUCCUCCGUGUCCGAUGUCAAGUUUAGUCACAACGGCCGCUACCUGCUGACAAGAGAUUACCUCACCGCCAAGGUGUGGGACCUGAACAUGGAAAAAGGCCCCGUGGAAACUUACCAAGUGCAUGAAUACCUGAGGAGUAAGCUGUGUUCCCUCUAUGAAAACGACUGCAUCUUCGACAAGUUUGAGUGUGUUUGGAACAGCUCCGACAGCGUGAUCAUGACGGGAGCCUACAACAGCUUCUUCCGGAUGUUCGACAGGGAGACGGGCCGAGGCGUGACGCUGGAGGCGUGGCGGGAGAGCAGCAAGCCUCGGGCUGUGCUGAGGACUCGGCGCGUGUACACCGGCGGCAAGCGUCGUCGAGGCGACGUGGGCGUGGACAGCCUGGACUUCACCAAGAAAAUCCUGCACAUGGCGUGGCACCCGUCAGAGAACAUCAUCGCCAUAGCCGCCACCAACAACCUGUACAUCUUUCAGGAUCGCGUAAACCCAGACACGCAAACACAAUGACGAGAAUGGGAAGGAAUGUAGGCACUCGAGAAUGGCGUGUGGAGAUGAGAGCUUUUAUUUCCAAAGUCAUGCUGUUUUACAACAUCAAGAUGUAGCCUUUUUGGAUUUGAGUGUCAUAAUGCAAGAUUUGUUUUCAUUGAUGCUGAAUUCUUUAAGGUGGCGUUGGAGGUCCACCAUCAGGACGUAUCCAGAGACAAACAUCCAUGCACGCUCACACUCACUUAGAAUCACCCAAAAUGCAUGUUUUUGGACGUCAGGACGAGUGCAAGAAGAGAAAAGCAACAGUCACAGGACGACCUCCACAAAAACCCAUCUUGACAUUUUAUUGAAGUCGUCGGAUCGCCGAGGCAGGUUAGUUCCCUUUUUUUUCCAGCACUGAGAUGAAUCUCUAGUGACUUUUCCUAAUUUUUAAAGAAACAUUUAGACAUUUUCCCUCUAUAGGGACUUGAAUGAGGUGCGGGGACACCUCUCUAUCUGCAAUGACUGAGCUGACAACAACACACUUAUGUGCUCCACACCAGAAAUGGUCCGUGUGCUCGGUAGCAUCAGGCGCUCAUACUUGGGAUAGCUUUGAGACUGAAGAGCUCAUCAGACAUCAAAGCAUUUUAAAUGUAAAAAAAAAAAAAAAACUCUCUUUUUUUCAUCUUCUGCUGAGCUACGACAGAUACUAAAUCUCUCCAUCAGAGCAGUGCUCUUGGAGGUCGCACGCUUUAUUGUCUCACUUUGCAAUAAAAGCAGAGCAGCACCGUCUGCUUUAACACUUGAGAUCUUCUACGGGAAGCAACUUUCUUUCUACAUUUAGCUGUAAAUAUGUGUGUUUUUUUUUUCAUUUUGUUUUUCUAAAGUGAUGGUAUCCGACAGAUUGUUGUUGACACUGUAAACGAUUGUGAGAUCGAAUUUAUUGAACGACUGCGUGUUCCUGAUCUCUUGUGAAGCAAUACCUAGGUAGUUUUUGCUGGCUGUUAAACAGGAAAUGGGUGAAUUGUGCACAAACAAAUCACUUGUUUUGUGUCUUUGAAGUGAAGCCUGUAUGUUGGAUUGAACUUCCGUCCGUCUGGAGUCUGUGUAUUUUUAUGGUGAAUAUUUACACUUUAGGAAGGCAGCAUCUGUUGCAAGGUAAAAGGCUGAGACUGAAGUACUGAAUUAAAAAGAAGUACUGUUUAUUUAUAAUGUGUAAGCACAUGCUAAGGGAUCUCACAAUCAAGACAACUUGCACAUUGUUUAAAACGUGGAUCCUAAAAUCAUAAAAGCCGUGUUUGGGUUUAAAUGUGUUGAAGGGUCAGAGAUAGUCGUCAGUGCAAUAACUCAUCAAUCAAACGUCAGAACAUUAAGGUUAGGAUUCGUCAUGCAGGAUUUGUUUACCUCACUGUGUACCUCACGAUGACACGUGGAUACAUGUACAACAUGAAAGUGAUGUGCAGGUUUGAACCGUGGGAUGAGUUUUCUUUAGUGCUUACAGUGAAUCAUUUUGUUUUCAAGUGUCCUUGGUUCUGGUGGGUUUAAUGUGAGUAAAAAAAAAAAAAAAAUCCACGCAGAGGCAGAGCAUCUUUGAUUGUUUCAUUUCAAUCUCAGCUCCAAAGAAUGUUGGGAUGCUGUUUAAAAUGUCAAAAAGAGGACAACAGACUUUGUAGAUCUUAAAAAUAAUCGGUUUUAUUCACAAAAGUAUCCAGAAAACAUGUUUUGCAUAUAUUUUAAAGUGGGAUAUUCACAAUUUCAUUUUGAAUUUAACAGCAGCAAUAAAGGUCUUUUAUGGUUACCAAAGACAUAUCAGGUCUUUUCAAAAUGUAAAAAAAUAUCACUUUUAGCGUAUUUCAUUAAAAGAGAUUUUGAAGAAAUUGCAUUUGUCAAAGCUAGUGUGGAUUCUCUGUGAUGUUGGUGGCGCUGUUUUAAAAAUUGAUUGUAGAAAAUCGGCGAUCUGAACAUUAUUUAAAGGUUGUUUAUUUUCUGCGGCUGAUCAAAACCGUUUUGGGGUUUUUCGCAUUUCAAGAAAAAAAAUCAUCAGAGGAAGGGCUGCACAGAUACAUGGAACACAGUUGAUAAUACAAAAACUGGAAGCAAAUUUUAAAAUAAAUAGAUUUCUUAAUAAAAGAUCUGCAUCUCUCAAUGACUUGUGAUCUUUUAACUGAUCAAAAAGAACGUUUUCUACUGUUAUGAAGCUUUUUUCUGCUGUCAAAUUCAAAAGAAUAGGUUAAAUGUCUCUCCUUUAAUAUGACAUCUGUGUUUACGGUUUAAGUAUUCACAAUUUUUCAGAUUUUAUAUCAAAUUUUACUCAAUAUCCCGACUUUGGAGCUGAAACUCACUGUGUAAGCCACUAAUUCCAGGUAAAGAUGAAAUGAUCACGAUGUCUCCUCCACUGUCUGCGUUACUUUUCUUGAAUGUACAUACAUUGGUUUAACAGAGUACAACAAUAAACAUGAAAACCCACAACCAAACUGUUAACAGCAAAAGGAAGCUGUAAUCAAACCAUCUUUAUUUUCCACAACUGGACAAGGAGGUUUGAUUCAGAUUCACAGCAGCAGCAUGCCAUUACUCAGUGCUACUUGAAUAUAUAUAUUUAUUAUCAUACUUUUAAAAAGACCUACAGUACAAAACAACUUCAAUGAGAUGGAUGAAAAGAAUGUGCAUUAAUAAAAUGGAAUAUGAUGCAU